AUGGCGAUUGUAUAUCCAACGAUAGGGGAUCAAGAGGUACUCGUUGGGUUCGCGACGCGUCGCGCCGGCUGCACUAGCGAAGAUGUGGAACUACUCAGCUCCACCUGUACUGCUCUUAUUGCGGACGUCCAAACCAUCAAUAACUUUAUUGUGCAACUGACACCCUCUUCACAGAGCAAUGUGUCACGGCCGUCAUUUGGGCCAGACUCUGGAGGGCUACCUAUAAGCUACCUCCAUGGCGGUGGUAUGUCAGUGGUUCCUGGGUCGCAUUCAACAUGUACUGCGGUGGGGAGUGACCCGCUGCGUGAUGUGAAGGCCCAAUUUCGCCCCCAUGAAGCGAUGAUGCGGUUUGUGCGGCACCGACUGCGGCGAGGGAAGGCUUCGUUGACUAGCAUAAAUGAGAAGUACGACUACGUUUUCACGGUGGUGACGCUUGGAAAAGGGGGAAGGAUGGGAAGUGUAAAAGGUGAAGCGGUGACGCCUGGUAGAAGCACAAAUAUUGAUGGUCAGGAUGCAAACUCUUCAACAAGAUUACUAACCACAGGCGAACAGCACCACGAAGAGGGUGCUUCGGUAAAGAAUGGCGGUGAGGAAAGUGCUGCGGAUACGCGCCGGGUGCGUAUGGCCUACACAAAAUUUUUGCAGGCAUUUGAUGUCCUCCUCGUGUGGGUGUCGGACAUUGUGGGUAUACUCGACGGGGAGGGUGCCGUUCCGUCGGCAGGUCAAUAUGUUCUGCAAGAAAUUCCAGAAGAGGGAGGUGAGGGGGCAAUUAGCAGACGUAUAGGUCCUCUGAAUGAAGGCACUGGAGCAUUGGUACCUCACGUCUCUGAUGCCGUGCCCAUACUGCAAUCACCGCCCCAGGAGUCGAGCAACUCGUCUGAGCCACUUUCAUCUGUUCAAAGAGAUUCUGGCACACCAAUGCGACGCAGCACGCGGACGAUUCGUGUGACACGCUAUGAGUUGCACGAUGUCACGAGUGUCUUUCGCGCUCUCCAGGACCAGGCGAAUCUUUUUUACUUGCAGGAAUAUACAUUCUUUGACCCACGAGUGCAGCGCCGUUUGCUUAUUCCAGCCUAUUAUCGGGCGCUGCGAGAAACUGUUCGUGACAUCAACGCUGAGGUUGAGCGCCUACAGCAGCUUGAGGUGUCGUUGACCCGAAGAAGUUCAGAUGGCAUGAGCGCUGUCUUUCGCCCUACAAUCCGUGAGUUCUGCUACCUUCGGGAUUCCCUCCGUCUGUAUUGGAGCUCAUGCGUCACUGAGGAUGACACCACAUCUUUACAAUAUCAUCGCAUGCAUUACAACAAGUACGUUCUCGAGGCCGGAGAGGUAGUGGAAAUGUUGAAAAAUAUGCGCCGCCCGCCGUCGCGAGAGGUGGCCUCGGAUGUUCUGUGGGUGCUCUCGCCAGAGGAACGUGCUGCACUGGAGGCUGGGUUUGAGAGUUUUUGGCGCCUUCGUGAACGUGUGCUUGAACUGCGCGACUCGCUCACCAAUGACAUUGCGGAAAAAAACCGCACACAUCGCUACCGCAUGCCUGCGCCGCCAUCGCCCACCACAACGUCUCGGAACGGAGAUAAAGGUAGUGGUGUUGGUGGCGUUGCCCAAUGGGCCCUCUCUGUCAUGCGUUCAUGGGCUCAAAGCGUAACGUGCAACGCAGAGGUCGCUGACGAUCUGUUGUCGAUGAAGCGCGAGGACGAGGGGUUCUUUCUAUCCACUACUUCUCCGCUGUAUGAGUCUAAGAAAGAGCUGCUUUGCCUCGUGCAGCGUUUGGUAGCGGCAGUGGAGGCGCAGGCGACGCUGCUGGAGAAAGAGUAUCCUGACACAUUUUUCAGGGACUCGAAGGCGAUGUGGGCACGGCGAGCCAAAGGAGCGAUGCGCUAUAUGGAAUCGAUUAGUGUUGUCUUCUCACCCCCGGUGUGA